UAUCUUCGCUCGAGUCGAGCCUCGAUCUGACAUUCGUGGUUCGUGAUCUGUUGAACGGAUUCGUUGUUUCGAUGUUUCCGGCCACAUGUGUUUAUUUCGCGUGUUCGCGUACGAAUAACCAUAUGAUUUAAAAACCUCGCGAAAUGACCAAAACAGUGCUACGAUUUGUAGUGUCAUUUUCGGAGACUUUUGUACAGUGAUGUUUUUUUUUUUAAAACAUGAAGUGUGUGUUUUGGUAAAUUAGCUCUUUUACCGAUCGAGUAAACAUUCCCUUUUGGAUCAUAUCCUUAUCACUUCGAGUUAUUUUAUUGUUAUUCGCGUUGGUUUUGUGUCGUUUGUGAAGUAGUUAGACAAUAUUCUACUUGACCUCUUCGAGUGCUCAUCUUACGUUAGAUACUCGUCCACUCGAAAAACUCCAAAGUUAUCGAAACCAGCAUCGACAUGGGAAUACAUCUGAAUCGGACUUACCACCCAGAAGAAUCCUUAUCGUCGACCACUCGCUGAUUUUUCUACCCUAGUCUCAGGUCAAUUUGAGCUACCAUGCGUUUUUGUGGCAGGCAUAAUGGCAUACGUCACUUACGCCUACCCAAAACGUCAAGAUUCCGGCCAUAAACAAAACGGAAUCAGAAAACCCAAUCACAUAACGCCGAUUAAGCGAAGGCUGUUUCAUAUAAUUUGCGGUUUCUGUAUCGGAUUCAUAAUCGCGUACACGGUAUCACCUCGCAAUCACUAUCCAUUAAAAAUGUGCAAACGAACGUACCCUUCGAGUUGGGCCAACGACGCAGAUGAGCCGGCUGACAUCAUUUCAACAGAUACCACCAACAACUCUUUACUUUUUGUCGGCGUUAUGACAGCUCAAAAGUACCUAGAUACUAGAGCAGCGGCCGUAUACAGUACAUGGGGUAAAGAGAUACCGGGCAAAGUGGCCUUUUUCAGUUCGGCUGUCUCUGUGAAACCGAAAGAUUACCCGGAUUUGCCUUUGGUCGCUUUGAAAGGUGUCGAUGAUUCGUAUCCGCCGCAGAAGAAGAGUUUCCUCAUGUUGCAAUACAUGUGGGAACAUUUCGGCGAUAAAUACGAGUGGUUUUUCCGAGCCGAUGAUGAUUUAUACAUUAGACCUGAUAAGAUAGAGAAUUUUCUUAGAUCGAUCGAUAGCAGUAAACCGCAUUUUAUUGGACAAGCUGGUAGAGGCAAACAAGAAGAAUUUGGGUUGCUCAGUUUGGAAUACGAUGAAAAUUUUUGCAUGGGAGGUCCUGGAAUCAUAAUGAGCCGAGAAACGUUGAGAAGAGUCGCGCCUCAUGUGAAAUAUUGCCUGCAAAAUUUGUACACUACCCAUGAAGACGUAGAACUCGGCAGAUGUGUGCAUAAAUUUGCUCAGAUACCUUGCACGUGGUCUUACGAGAUGCAGUCCAUCUUUUACCAUAAUUCCAGCGGAAACGUGGCCUUUACCGGCAACUUGAAGACCAAAGAAGUGCAUCGUGCUAUUACACUGCAUCCAGUUAAACAACACAGACAUAUGUAUCGUAUACACAAUUACAUGCAAAGUUUAAAAAUACACGAACUCCAGCAAAGAAAAAUUGGCCUGUUUAGAGAUUUACGAUUAAUGGAAAUUCUAACGAAAUCGACGCCAGAUUAUGAACGUUUCAAAAGCAUCGUCGUAUCGCAAAACCAGCUCAGUUUGUUUCAAGAGUCCAACUUGUUUGGCUUAUCUCCCGAUUUAAACAAAUACCAGCCACGCAGCGAAGACGACGUUUUUGCCUGGGAAAUGAUCAGCCGUUCGUUAUUUUCGCACACGAAUUCAAACCCUCGAAGGAAAAUCGAAUCUCAUCUAAAGGAAGGACUCGACGAUGUGAUCAGAGAAGUGAUGGAUAAUAUCAACUUAUUUUCCAGGGAAAGAGGCAGAGUUAUCGAAUUUCAACAAAUAUUGUACGGAUAUCAUAGACUGAACCCGUUAUAUGGGCCUGAUUACGUAUUGGACGUGUUACUAACGUUUAAGAAAUACAGAGGAAGGAAAAUGACGGUACCGGUUCGAAGACACGCGUAUAUUCAGCAACAAUUCACAGGUCUUGAAAUACGUGAAGUUUUCGAAACCGGAGAAAUACCUCCAAAUGUACCUAAAGAAAGCAACCAAGUUACCGGAGAUAAUGUAGUUUUAUCAAACCCAGGCGAAUAUUUCAACCACGGAGGAAUCCCCAACAAACAGAUUAAUUUUAUAUUACCAUUGUACAAAAGAUCCAGCGCAUUUGUUCGAUUCAUCAAUACUUACGAAGAAGUAUGUUUAAAACGAAAGGAAAACGUAACAUUAUUGAUCAUUUUAUUCCACGACCAAGACGAUAACACGUUGAAUGAAACCCGAACCAUAGUCAAUUAUUUAAAAAACGCGUAUCCUGGCAGUACAUUGAAAAUCAUCCCUGUGAUGGAAAAAUUCGCCCGAGCUAAGGCCCUGGAUAUUGGAAUGGCUCAAGCGAAUAUGGAUGAUUUGUUGCUUUUCAUCGAUGUCGAUAUGAUUUGGAGUGCUGCAUCGUUGCAACGGAUUCGUUUAAAUACCGUUAGAAAUAAAGUGGCUUAUUUCCCUAUCGUGUUUAGCGAAUAUGAUCCUAGUGUGGUGUAUGGCGAGCUUACGUCCCCUAAUCAUAUGUUCAUCAGCGAAGAGUCGGGGUAUUGGAGGUUAUUUGGGUUCGGCAUCAUGAGCGCGUACAAAGAAGAUAUUAUGAAGGUUGGCAGCUUUGAUUCGUCGAUCGUGGGUUGGGGUAAAGAAGACGUGGAUUUGUUCGAUAAAUUUGUUCAAUCUUCGGCAAACAUCAGUGUUUUUCGAUCAGUUGAUCCUCAUCUAGUCCAUAUUUUUCAUAUUGUUGACUGUGAUCCUACAUUAGAUAUAGCGAGAUUAACUAUGUGUCGUAAUACUAGGACAGAAACUUUCGGUAGUGUUAACCAGCUAGCUAAUUUAAUUUAUAAAAAUAAGGAUAAAUUAAGUAAACCAAAUAUUAGAUAGUAUUUAUUUAUGCAUGCAUUGAUUUUGUAAAUUUUGCGAAAGUAAAUGUUGAUAAAUUUUAUCCAUUCAACCUUACAUUAAAGUUUUUAUCAUUUUUGCUUUGA